UGCGUGAUGCGAUAGGGGGUGGGACGCCAUGGCGGACGAGGCGACACGCCGGGUCCUGAGUGGGAUCCCGCUGCUGCGGACCAACGCGGGCCCACGAGACAGCGAACGUUGGCGGGAGCGGCUGAAGGAGGAGUAUCAGGCUCUGAUUAAGUACGUGGAAAACAACAAGCAGGCCGACAAUGACUGGUUCAGACUAGAGUCCAACAAAGAUGGGACAAGGUGGUUCGGCAAAUGUUGGUACAUUCACGAGCUGCUGAAGUACGAGUUCGACAUUGAGUUCGAUAUUCCCGUCACGUACCCCACGACGGCCCCCGAGAUCGCCGUCCCAGAGCUGGACGGCAAGACGGCCAAAAUGUACAGAGGGGGGAAGAUUUGCCUGACGGACCACUUCAAGCCACUGUGGGCGCGCAAUGUGCCAAAGUUUGGGCUGGGGCACCUGAUGGCCCUUGGGUUAGGACCGUGGCUGGCUGUGGAAAUUCCUGAUCUCAUUGCCAAAGGGCUCAUCCAGCACAAGACAGCAACGGACAAAGCGUAGUGGGUGGGCGAGGGGAGAUCCUUGGAGGCGAGGUGACACAGUGUCUGGGCUACUCUCCGUGGCAGAAUGAGUGCCUCCUCACUGUUCAUUGCCCUCUGUACAAAUCGCUUUGAACUAUGGUCCAUUCUCCUGUCCUCGUCCUACUCUUGACCCAUCCAUCCAUCCCCUUCUCAGUCCUUCCAUUCCCUUCAUACUUCCACUCCUCGGUUGUUCCCUCCUGGGUGGGGGCGAAGGCACAGGUGGGCUUCCAUCCAGGGUGGAGAGGAUUGGCACACAGAUUCGGGAUGGAGAUUGGUUGGGAGGCCUGUGGCCCACUGGAUUAGACACGGUGGCUCAGCGGGUAGAGCUGCUGGCUCAGGGCCCUGGAGAUCCCGGUUCGAUCCCACCCUCUGCCGUUGUGUGUCUGUCUGUCACUCUUUCUCUGUCUGGGUAACACACACACUAAAUGCUGGAGGAACUCAGCAAGUCAGGCAGUUUCUAAGGAGGAAAAUGAACAAUUGAUGUUUCCAGCUGAGACUCUUCACUGGGUCUGGAAAAGGGGCAGGGGGAGAGGCUGAAAAGUCAGCUGUUUAAUUCCCUGCAUCGAUCCUGCCUUCCUUGCUGACCUCUUCCAACAUUCAGCGUAUAUUGUUCAGGCAUUCCUGCGUCAACAGAAUCUCGUGUGUCUACCCCGUGUAUCCCUCCCACCUCCCAACUUCUGACUUGGCGAGUUAAUUGUUCCCCCACCCCCACCUUGUUUAUGGACGAGGGGGAGAGGUGUAAAUAAGUGGCUGAAGGCCGGGCGAAGACUCUGGGCCGGGAGGCCCAUUCCCCGUGAUAUCCUUCGCGAUUCUGCUCUCCCCCAACCCCCUGUGUUAGGUGCCCGAAUUGCAUACGUGGGGAAGAGCGUGGAAUGCUCUGACUCUGUGGCCCUUGUGCAGUUUGAGUAUAUAACCCAAUCCCAGCCUCUCUGCCUCAAUUCCACAUCAUGCGGGGUCACACCUCCCACAAAAAAACCCAGGGAACACAGCCCUGCACUCUGUGGAUCCCCGACCUCCCAAAUCCUUCCACACUGCGGGCAUUCCUCUGAGCGCCGUCAGGCAGUUUAAUUCCAGUGCUGUUCCUCUCCCUACCCCACACAGACCCGUUCCCCUGCCCGGGAAUAACAGGGCCGGGAUUUUUGCUGGCCUGGAGGUUUAGGUCGGAGCUCUGACCGCCGUUCCGAGGGCAGGGGCUGAAACGGUGGGCCGGGGUGGGCAGUGAUUUCACAAGGGGCGGCACACCUGGUUGACACUUUCUCACCUGUUGUGUCAUGUAGAAUGUGUAAUAAAGUGGGGCAGACUGUU